AUGUCGUCGUCUUCUCAAUUACCGUCCUCGGAUAAGGAUAACAAGAAAGAACAACAACCUGGGCACAACGACAACAAACAUUCACACUCUCAUACACACUCUGCCUCAGAGGAAGAUCAUGGUGCCGAUGGCCAUUCCCAUUCACAUGGUGCUGGAAGUGGUUUAUUGCAUCAUCAUCAUCAUUCUGCUCAUGAACCAAACGAAUUUUUAGCCGCAGGCACUGCAUCUAUAAAAUCAAACCCAGCAGUCCGAAUCACCUGGAUCGGUCUUAUAGUCAAUGUCGCGCUAGCUGUGUCAAAAGGUAUUGGAGGGGUUGUAUUCCACUCGCAAGCAUUAGUGGCAGAUGCUAUUCAUUCAGUUAGUGAUAUGCUUGCUGAUUUCCUAACUUUAGCUACUGUCAAUGUUGCUGCUAAGGUUGGUACACCUACCAAAUUUCCCUUUGGGUAUGGUAAAAUAGAAACUAUUGGAUCAUUUACCGUUAGUGCCAUUUUAUUGUUUGCCGGUAUCUCCGUGGGGUGGUCGUCAUUGUUGCAAAUUUUUGAAUUUGUUCUUCCUACUCAAUUGUACGAAAUCGCUGCUAGUAUUCACAUUGGACAUAGUCAUAGUCAUGCUGAACUUGGUGGAGCAACAUCAUCUUCGUCACAUGAUCAUCAUGGACACUCCACUCCCACCGGCGCAGAGUUAACCACCCACCGAGAAAUCCCCAACAUCAAUGCAGCUUGGCUAGCAGCCGGAUCGAUUGUUGCCAAGGAAAUCUUAUAUAAAAAGACGAUGCAAAUUGCUGUUGAAACAAACUCAAAAGUUCUUGUAGCAAACGCAUGGCAUCAUCGAGUUGAUUCACUUACUGCUAUAGUCGCAUUGCUCACCGUUGCUGGAGGAGUCAUGUUCAACAUUGCAUGGUUGGAUUCGGUUGGUGGGAUGGGUGUGUCGGUUUUGAUCAUUAAGGCUGGCUGGGAUACGUUGAAAGAAGCAUGGUAUGAGUUAAUUGAUCGUGGUGAACAGCCAGGUUCUGAUUUGUACAAUAAAGUUGAGACCAUCAUCUCACAUGAAUUACAAAGUAAUGCUCAAUUGAAUCAAUUCAAAUUGAAACAAUUGUCAGUGUUGUCUUCGGGGGCCAAUACAAAUAUCAAUUUUGUCUUGUUGACUCAAAACAAGUCUAUCGACUUGAUAACUUUGAACAAGUAUGAAAAGACAUUGACUGAUUUAAUUAAACAAGACGAUAGGUUUGUGAGAAAUGUGCUGAUCAAGUUUGAAGUUGCCGAGGAUGAUAACCAAGUAGGGGAUAACAAUCCAGAUGAUAGAGAUGAUAGAGAGGAUAAAUACGUACAUAGACAUUAG